AGCCGCUCGCUCCUGCGGAGUUGCGCGAACUAGUCAUGGUGCUGUGGGAGUCCCCGCGGCAGUGCGGCAGCUGGACACUUUGCGAGGGCUUCUGCUGGCUGCUGCUGCUCCCGGUGACGCUACUUCUCGUGGCCCGCCCGGCGAGGCUCGCGGCUUUCCCUACCUCGUUAAGUGACUGCCAAACGCCCACCGGCUGGAACUGCUCUGGUUACGAUGACAGAGAAAAUGAUCUUUUCCUCUGUGACACCAACACCUGUAAAUUUGAUGGGGAAUGUCUAAGAAUUGGAGACACUGUGACUUGCGUCUGUCAGUUUAAGUGCAACAAUGACUAUGUGCCUGUGUGUGGCUCCAACGGGGAGAGCUACCAGAAUGAGUGUUACCUGCGGCAGGCUGCAUGCAAACAGCAGAGUGAGAUACUUGUGAUGUCUGAAGGAUCGUGUGCCACGGAUGCAGGAUCAGGAUCUGGAGAUGGAGGUAGGAGUUGCCUUUUUAUCUAUUUCAUGACUUACAUGUGGAUAUAAUAUAUGGAUAUUUACUCAUGUAUUU